GGCCAAUAGGAGGGCAGAGCGCCGGCAGCCGCUGUAAAGAAUGGAGUCGCAAGCUGUAGAUUCGGACUCUGGCGUGGACGAGUCUCUCGUGGCGCCGCUGCUGGAACUGGGGAUUCCCGAGGUUGCGGCGCGGCGGGCUCUGGCACUCACAGGGGGCCGCUCGGCUGAGGCGGCGGCGCAGCUUUAUUUCAGCAGCGGUCUGGAUUCCCAGGAAGAAGAGGAUGCACAAGGCAGUGGUUACUAUAAGAUGGUCUUUGUGGUGAACAUGGAGCUGUCCAUGGGGACUGGAAAGAUUGCUGCUCAGGUGGGGCAUGCAGCAAUUGGCCUGUUCCAAAUGUUGCAGGAGAAGCCCACUCACAGGGACAUAAUCGCCCAAUGGGAUGAACAAGGUGCAAAGAAAGUUGUGCUGCAGGGAUCCAAUAUUGACCAGUUGCUGGAGCUGCAUGCCUUGGCCCUGAGCCUGGAACUGCCAACGUACCUAGUGCAAGAUGCAGGGAGGACCCAGGUUCCAACUGGCUCUCACACAGUCCUUGCCAUCAUGGGAGAAGAAGAGAUGGUGAAUCAGGUGACUGGGCAGCUGAAACUGCUGAACUGAGAAGCGCUUCAGAGCUUCGCUCUGUCAGCUCUACGGAAUUCGCAGGGCUGCCCUUCUGUCUGUGUGCUCUUCUAGUGGGAAAAGGAAGCUCUUGCUGACAGCAGCUCAAGGCCCAGCAGGGCAGCAUGCCGAACGAAGAGGAGCUCUCUUUUUUUUCUUUAAUAAGGUGGAGGCUGUACGGUUCUCUAUCACAGUUGGAUUUUUAGGGUAUUCCCAAGUGGCCAUGUAACAGAAAGGCCUGUUAUUUUCUGUACUACGUGCAAACCAGGUGUACAGGUGUUGCCCGUGCUUUCUGGUCAUACUUUGGGGGAAACCAUGGAAGAAACAACUGGGCCAUCAUGUUGUGUAACCCCUUGCAGCAGGAAGGCUGCCUUGUACCUAAACCAUCACCACCACCCAUCUGUCUUGUUUGGGGCAUUUUUUAAUUUUGGUUGUUUUUUUUUUUUUUUGAGGGAAGGAAUGAAGGUGCCGCAGCCUCUUUGAACAGCUUAUUCCAUUGCUGAACUGCUCUUAACUACUUAAGAUACUGUAUUUUUUGGUUUUUAGCCAAAACUAGUUGGAAUCGUUUGUCUCUCUCGCUAGUGGACUGUUUCCAUCCUUAUGGAAUCCUUUCAGUUAUUUUCAAAUGAGGGUUUUUUGGGGGGAGGGGGCGUUAAAAGUAGCACUAUACUAUCAUGUUUCCAGCAAGUGGAUGGGGGGUGAAAUAGGGAAUGGCUGUGCUGGGCACAGCAAGGAAUGAGCUAUUAGCUGGCAUGGGGGGUUAAGCAGGGAUGGAGAACCUUUCUUUUCUGUUGUGGGCUGUAUUCCUGGUGGGGGGGGAGGGGUAAUCAUUAGGGGUUGCAUGCUGGCAAGGGGGUGGGAUCAAGAGUCAAAAAUGGGUGGGAUACCCUUCUCUUUUUUCCUUUCCACCCUCUUCCUCCCCCCGCCCCACUUUUCCCUCCUGGCCACCCACAUGAAAUUAGGCUGAGGGCUGCAUAGAAUUAGUUUGCCCACUCCUGGUCUAAAGCAACAGAGGGAGAGGGGUGAGUGGAGAGAAUGCAGCCUUGAGCUUAAAAGACCUGACGUAGAGGAGAAGGCAACUUUGCUGAACUUUACACAGGUGUGGGGUUGUCCUUCCAUCCCCUCCUGUCCCAAUUUAAAACCAAAUGUGCAUGUUCUCCUGUUACCGUGGAACAACAGUGUUCGACAAAUAAAUGAUGGCUCUUAAGGAGUUGUAAAAAGAAAAGAAGGUGCAGGAGUCACUUCUUAAAAUCUCUGCUUCACAGGUACUAGCCAAUAGGUGCCCAUGACAUUUCUGCAACCGCUAGGGGCAGUGAAAUUGCAUUUUCUGAAGUGAUGGAACACUACAGUUGGAUGUUCUGGCAGUCUUAACAUUCUUCCUAGAACAUCCGCCUGCAGGUGGGUUAGUUGUUUCUCAACUGAUACUUUGAGAGCAAGAGGCCCAAGGUCACACAACUGGUUUGUGGCAGAGGCUUGGUGGGAACAUGCCUCCUUUGCUGUAUCUGCUUUUCUGUCACUAGACAUUGAUAGAUUCAGGACUUUCCCUUAAUCUAGGUUGCAAUCUAUUUUUCAGUCUUUUGCAAGCUUUGUUCCACCCAUUUUCCUUCCUCAUUGGUUGUUGUGAAGAGAAUGAAUGGCAGCCAUUUUAGACUUCUGUUAGCAGAAAUUGUAUAGUCUGUUGGCUUGUAGGGUGUAGGAGAGCCGUGGAUGGCAUGGCGUGGGUCAGCUUAGCUUUUAUAAAGGGGGCUGGGUUGAUUAUGACUUCGGCUCAUAUAGGUGGGUCAGUGGUUCCCCAGUUGAAGGCCAAAAUGGUCACCUUGACUAGCUUCCUUCAAGUUACUUUUUUUGUACAAGUGGAGAUGCAGGAGGUAGACCACAUAUGACAGACUCCACCAGAGUUACCAGUAGGUUUCCCCCCCCUUGGCAGGGUCUCUGGACCUCCGCCUGUCAAAAUGGAUAUUCAGGGGGGAAAAGGGGGAAAACAUAGUUGUUCUGCAAGUGCAGUUUUUCCCAGCAUGCAGUUGCCAUGAUGAGAAAAGCUCCUGUCUCCUUUAAUUUAUGUUUAAGCAAUUUUUUAAAAAUACACAGGUAAUUCUAAGUGCCACCCCCAACACUUGUCUUGCUGCUUGUCAAGCGCAGUUUUCAGUACAUAAAGUCUACAAAUGGGUGCAAAGUCUGCUGCAAAAGUUGAACGGAAAAUGUAAUAUGCCCCCUACCCUCAGUUUAAGGUGGAACCCUAGUAGGUUUUUUCCAGCUGUAGCUUGAGUUAAUAUCAAAAUAUUCCCUGUGGGUCAGCUGCAUUGCCUGAAGUACAUGGGGACUUAACCUGGAGCUGCGCAAUAUCCCAGUGUGGAUAAGACUGUUGCCAAAGUGCUUCCUUCAAAAUGUGGCACGGUACUGUGACUUGUUAACAGGCCAAAAGGAGUGCUUGUGGGUAGGGUGGCGGGUUCUUCUACAUUGGGUUCUUUUUCAUUGUCAUCCAAUAAAAACAUUUUGUUAGCCUGUCUCUCUAACCCUGCCAUUUAGGUCAAAUAUUUCACCACACAGUGACACAAAUUACUGGCAGAAGCUCAUAUUGCAGACAGACGGGGAAGACAAAAAGCUGCAACUAGGUUAAGAGCCUCUUGGAAUAAAGGCGACAUGAUGUUUAUAGCUGAGUCAUAAACCCCCUGAUGGUUUGGAGUGACUUGUAAUGCAGGGUCCUGCUGGUAGGUGUACAGUUUACUAAGUUUAUGUACCAGCAAAGUAAAGAAACAAAUUGCCUUGGGUAUUUAGCGCUGGCAAGUCUGUGGGGUUGGAGCUUUCACAGAGGGGGCUGCCUCCAUCCCCUUCCUGCUUUAUAUUGGCAAGCAGGAAGGUUUUAUGAAAGUGAAAGAGCAAGCAGGCAGAAGAGGAUGAAAACUGCAAAUAAGUGUGAGGGGUGAUGGCAGGAGCUGUUUGGAAUUCCAUCUGUGCUACAGAUGCCAUUUCUGAGCAGGGUUAAAGCAAUGUGCAGUCUGAUCCUAUUUCAGAUUACAAGCAAAUCCUGGUUAGGACUCAUUUCCAUAUACAUGUGUGUAAGAUUGUUGCUUUGAUCCAGUGAUUAUGACAAUUCCCCUCCCCAGCCACCUUUGUACUCUAUGUUUCUACGGGAGGGGCUCAACUUGCUAGCUUCCCCAAUUCCUUCUAUCAUAGCUCCUGUGUGUGGUAAGUAACAAUCAUGGCAUACUACAGUUGCCACCAGUUUCUCCCUGCUCCUCGUGUUAUACAUCAGUGUGAAAUUGGACCAUGCUUUCUCCCAGCUUCUGGACUUUUCUUGUUGAGGCCUUUGGCCUAGCAUUUUAGUCCUCAUCCACAACUGGGGGCAUGAGGUGGGGAAGAACCCAAAGUAUAGUUAGCAACCCUUGCUCACAUUUCUCUGUUAUUCUCUCUUCCCUUCCUAUCCCCUUUAUUCUUUCCAAAUUUAGAUUACAGCUUCAUGGGGGCAGGGACCUCUUUUUUUUCUUUUUUUAAACAAAUGCCAUAAGAGUCCCAUGUACAAUGACAGUGCUGUAUAAAUAAUUAAAAAUGUAUGCAAGCUUCCAA